GGAGACCAGAGUUACCUAACCUUUUUCACCUGCACUGGUCUGAAAGCGCAAUAUGUUGGGCGUAUUCUAUGGGGAGAUUGUCUAGCCAAGCCAGCCCUAUCAAGUCGGUGCAGACGAAGAAAAUGAGAGGAAGCAAUGGACUUUAGACUUUUGGAAUGAUACACCCUCUGGUUAAAGUUUAUUUGGAGGCGUGCAGCUGUUAAACUUAUUAAUUUCUCUCUCUAAAAUCAGCACAGGCCUACUCUAGUAAGUAAUGGAGAUUCCAGUAUUCACUGUUGAUGCGUUUACCAACUUACCUUUCAAAGGAAAUCCUGCAGCAGUUUGUCUGCUUUUACAUGAAUUGCAGGAUGAUAUGUACCAGAACAUUGCUGCUGAGAUGAACCUGUCAGAGACUGCCUUCAUCAUACGGCUGAAUUCAAAAGAUGACUUCAGCUCAGGAGCACGCUUCCGUUUGCGUUGGUUCACCCCCACCACUGAGGUUCCUCUGUGUGGCCAUGCCACCCUGGCUUCAGCUGCAGUACUGUUUUACAAAAAAAAAAAUGUCAACUCAACAGUGGUAUUUGAGACAUUGAGUGGAGAGCUGUAUGUGCGACAACAAGGGGAAUCUAUAGUGAUGAAUUUCCCCCUGAACAAACCUACUCCUGUGGGUCUUAAAGAAUUUAAAGACAUAGUUAAAGCUGCUGUGGGAGACCAGCCAGUUCAAGAAGUGUGCCUCUGUGCCACCACCAAAAUGCUAAUGGUGCGCCUUGCUGACAGUUGUGACAGGUCAGUGCUCACGUCCCUGCAGCCAGACCCAGCAGUUCUGCUCCGUGUAGACACUGGCGGGAGGGUUAGGGGUCUGCUUGUCACCAUGAUCGGAGACCCUGGCUGUCAGUCUGGCUAUGACUUCUACUCCAGAAACUUCUUCCCCUGGUUCGGGGUUCCUGAGGACCCUGUGACUGGCUACUGGUCAGAGAAACUUGGCAAGAAAAAGAUGCUGGCCUAUCAGUGCUCUAGCCGUGGUGGGGAGCUGGAGCUUGAGCUACAGGAUGAUGGCAGGCUCAAUAUCGCUGGCCAGGCGGUCACCGUCCUGCAGGGGAUUCUCACUGUGUAGAGACUAUACUGUUUACUCAGACCUAGCUAAAUGUACAACAGGAGCGUAGCAAUUAAAUUUUAAAAAACUCUGA